UCCACGUCCCUUUUUCCCCCCUCGAGAGACGGCCGCCGUGGAAAAGAGGAUGCUGCAGACACGACUGAUGAUGCGUUCAAUGUCAUCUACACAGGAACAUUGACUUUCUAGACAUAACUUAAAACUCGUCAAUUUCAAAAAUAGUUUUCUCUUGAUUUUUCAAAUAUAAAGACAGAUACUGAAACAAUCUUAAGGUCGUCUGAGAUCCACCUCUGCCCCGGAAAGUGCGUCUUCUUCUCUGCGCCGUAAUGAGUGCCCUGCUGCCGGCGUGGCUGUGGCUGCUCGGCCUCUUUCCUCUGGAGAUCCAGUCCCGAGCUUUGACUCUGCACAGCCUCACUCACAGACACAGGUCGGCUCUACUCAGACCCUCCAAACACCCGAAGCCUUCUUUCACUACCAUCACGCCUGCUGUGUCUGACCUCUUCGUUUCCACUGACAACCACUUCACCCAUGGAGACAGACACAUCAUCUGGAGGGCCCUGCUGCACAAAGAGCCCCGGUUGAAAUUGUUCAACCCGUCGCUUGAUGAAAGCAGGCUUGUGCCGCAGGAAGGGCCCGUCGGUCUGCUCAGAUCGCGAGGUCGCCGCCACGCAAACAGCGGCGGCACAAGAGGCCACGGUCAUCUGAUGAGGGUGGGAUGUGUCCUGGGCACCUGUCAGGUUCAGAACCUCAGCCACCGUCUCUACCAGCUGAUUGGACAGAGUGGGAGAGAAGGCUCCUCCCCCAUACACCCCCGCAGUCCUCACAGCUAUGGCUAAGACUGCACAUCGAGCUAGCACAAUGCUUUUACAGAUAAACACUGGAAAGCUGUAUCAGUGAACCAAUGAAGAGAGGAAAACGGGCCUUUGAUUUCUCCUAAAAUGAUGUCUCAUGUACAAACAAUCGCAGGCUGGAUUAUAUUCUGUGGCAAAGAUUUUUUUUCCUUUGGUUAAAUAAUCUAUCCUCUCACGUGCUGCACCAGAGUUACGAUGGAUAACUGGCAUAAUAAGUGCAGAACUUUCAUACCACACUUCAAGUUUUGCGUUUUAAACCAGACCACUGCCAGACCAUCUCCCCUGAACCUUAACCAAAAUGAUGCCAGUGACAAUUACACAGUUCUAAAAAAGCUUUAUAAUGCUGUUGACUCUCGUUUGUGCCAGGGGUUCCCACAAAUAGUUUGACCUACAAACUUUUGGAGGUUAAAAAAAAAAAUCAGAUUUAGAUGAUGUGGUGAGGUUUUUGCAUCGCUUCUUGCCAGGUAGUGAUACAACAAUUUUUCCUGAGCAAAAUCAUAACUUAUAGGUAGAUAAUGGUCAAUUCUCUAAAUGAAUAUUUGAAAUAUAUUCAAGAUUUACUGUAUUGUUUAACAAUUCAACCUUCAGUUAAGGGUAUGUGCAAGCCAGCACAAACAGAAGUUACCUUUAAGACCAUCGCAUGUACACUAAGUACUUCUUAGCCUUAACUUGCAGUACUAUGUGAUAAGUGCUUUACACAGAAAUAACCAUUCAGAUGUGUGUUUAAGAGUAAAACUGUGCAUCAGUGAAGCUCUGUCACACAGGUCAAUGUCUACUAUCGUCAUCGUCGGUGAUCCUGCUGAUCUAAACUAACCUGAGCUCAGAGCUAAUCCACUGUGUCCCUCAAAAGUACCUUCAUCUCCCUCAGGGAGCAAGUAGCUUUACUUCUGUGGGAACAUGAACUAAGAAUAACCUCCAAUCAAACCCAGUUAACCCAAAACCUCUCUAACCCUAAUCCAUGAAGUGUCUGGAUGCUUCCUCACAGAUAGAUUGUCUUUUAACAUGUGAACCAGGGACACUCGGACUAUAAUGUAAGGUACUUUUGACCUUAAAGGCCUUUAUAAUGUGUUGCCUUUACUGAUCCAGAGUAAGUGUCACACUAAACAUUUGCUGCUCAAAGUCUAUGUUGAGCUGAAUGAUCGACUGCUUUUCUCUGUGCGUCAGGUUAGUAUAACUGCUGAUUCAGCUUGAAUGUUAUUAUGAAUGCAUUAAAGCACUUUAUUUUUUUUCAUACAGUAUAACUUUAACUAAAUGUUUUAUGUGACCUCAAAUUAAUGACACCACGUUGCUGUAAAUAUGCUAAAUCUCCAUGUCCCUGUGA